AUGGAACUUAAUAUAUCAAUAAUAACCAACAUUUUCGUUACAGGCUCAAAUUGCGAUAUAGUGUUUCAUUCUUCUAAAUCAAAAAAUGGAACAUUUACAACACCAUUAUUUCCAAAAUCAUAUCCAGCGAGGACAUUUUGUAGAAUUGAAUUUAUUGGACAAGGAAAAGAACGUAUUCAAAUAAGUUUUCCUGAGUUCAGCUUACCAUCAGAUGAUGACAAUUAUAAUUGCCAGGACUCCGAUAAUUUACAAGUACUAGUUCCAAUAAGGCAUCGUUAUGAACCAAUAGAAAUUUUAUGUGGUGAUUUUAUGCCAAAACCAAUAAUGUCAGAUGGAUCAAAAAUGCUAUUAGAGUUUCGGGGAAGAAAAAGUGGAAAAGGAAAUCGAGGAUUCAGAGGAGAAUACAAAUUUUUAGAAAAUUAUGGUAUUAUAACUGGAAAACAAUUACCUACUGGAGAUUGUGCGUUUGCUUAUAAUGUUUCAGAUGGCCGUGAUGGAUGGUUCCAUUCACCAAAUUUUCCUGGAGCUUACCCACGAAAUAUUGAGUGCAAUUAUUACUUUUAUGGUGGUCAAUAUGAUAAAAUUCAUAUAAGAUUUUCUUACUUUGAUGUUGAAGGAGUUUAUCCAUGCGAUGAGGAAUCUGCUAGUGAUUAUGUUGAAUUUUCAAAUUUUAUGAGUGAAGAUCGCAAAUUCAUAAAAUAUUGUGGAAAGUAUCAAAGUUUCAGUGUUAGAUCUGAUGGAAAAUUUUUCCGAAUAACAUUUAGAACAAAUGAUCGGUUCGAUAAAACUGGAUUUCGUGCUCAUUAUGAAUUUGUUGCGUAUAUGCCACCAACUGAAAACCCGAAUAAUCAAAAAAAGAUUCAAAAACCAAUUUCAGGAAAAGCUUGUGGCGCUGAGAUCAACAUUAUCAUCUUUAUUAUAGUUUACACUCUUCAAAGCUUAAUUAAAGUUAUUGAAAUUUCAUAGCUUUUGAAUUUAAAAUAAAGAGUUAAUAUUGUCUUUUAGUAUACAAAUGUACAUUGUUUGUUAAUUAAAAAUUAUUUUCAUUUAAUUUAUUUUUUUUUCUAUUAUAUUUAAUGUAUACAUUCUUAUUUUUAC